AUAUACUGUCUAAGAUAUAUAAAUAAUAACUUUAAUUUUAAGAAAAAUACUCUAUAUAAUAUCAGUUAUCUAUUAAAUAUAAAAAUAUUUAUCUUAUAUUAUUUCUAUUCCGCGAAGAAGAAGACUUAUAAUUCUGUAGAUUUUAUAUACUCUGUAUUAUAUAUAUAUAAUUUACUAAUAUUUCUUAAGUCUGUAACUAAUCUGUUAGAAAAUACUUAUAAUUUUAUAAAAAUUAUUAAAUAG